AUGUCGGCGAGGAAGGCAGCGGCUGGCGACGGUGACCGAGCGGUUGAAGAACCGAUAGGUGAUUGAAAUAACGACAAACGUUUUUUACUCAUAUGUGUUAAAACGCAGUAUGUAUCAAUAUAAGUGGAGAUAACUGAGAUUGGGUCGGAAAUAGAGAAGCCCGGUGGAGUGUUUUCGAUUAUUGUCACCGGUUGACCGAAACUUUGCGCUAUUCAGAAACUAGGUCAGUAGAUCAGUAGAGCAAACUGGCCUUUUUCACACCAUUUAUGUAACGUUCACUUUACACGACGUUUUCAAUCAUAAUGAUAAGUAAAAUGGAUAAAGAAACGGUGUUUUCGUCUACUCGUAGUAUGGCAUUGUAGCUUAAACUGGAUAUCAGUGUCUGCAUAUGUUUACCGAUAUGACCAAACCAAGCCAGGGUUAGCUUAGCAUUGGUAGCUCGGCCUGUUUGCUCGUACAAGUGUGCCGACUCUGCUGGUAUAUUUUCACCCCUGCUUUUUUGUCAGUGUGGAUCAUUGUGACAGUCAGUUCUUCAUCACAGAGCGGGGUUUUUUGUUUUAUUAGUGCAGCAUUAACACUCACUGUUAUUUAGGCCGAUAACGGGUGAGCCGUACUAACCGGUAAUGUUUUAUCUGGCUCAACAGUAAAGUGUCCUCCAUGCUGAAGAGCUGCUGCUGAAAUUGGCAUGUUUUGUUAUUUGAGUCCUAUAGCUACAAGGCGAACAAUGCUGUUUUAGUUCUUCCCUUUUUUCGGUUUCUCUUUAGCAUUUUGUAAUCACUAGUUAGUUACACAACAGGAUCAGUUGUAGCCUGUCAAAAAAUAAAAAUAGAUAGGCAACCUGGGCAAUAGAUAACCCAAGACCAAGUGCUGAGUAUAACCUUUCCACUAACUUUCCACUUCAGUCGUGUUUAUGUUGGACCUGGAUGUAAACUUUACACCCAAAAUUGAGCAGAUGUAAGUCUGUGAAGUCAGCCUAUUCAAAGUCAUGCAAACAGAAAAAUAACAGGAAGACUUGGUUAGAGGGUGAUUGAUGAAUGUGUGUCAACCUGAGAUAGAUUAAUACAAGAGUGAACAGUACUGCUACAGUUAGCUGAUUUUCAGGUUUUGUUUUUUCCACUGAGCCUUUUUUUAUUGGAUUAAUUUAAGAGCUCAACUCAACCUGAAGCAUGUUCUGGAUAGAAACAGAGCGCUGUCCCUGCCCUACAGGUGAUACUCGCCCUCAGGUUUUAUAUAGACAAAUUUGACUCCCACUUUUAAAUGUCUUGGCUUAAUAAAAGUCAGUAAAAGAAUUUCUUCCCCUGAAGACAGUGCAAAGAGGUGUGUGAUCUGCUGUGAGUUAUAACUUUCGAAGUAGAUAAAAUAAACACACAAUCACCCUUCAUUUAACAGGUCAUUUGUCAUAAAUAUUUAGGAGUGAGUUUGGUGGUAAAGUUUUUCUCUUUACAUAAAAAUGUUUCUUUGCAAAACAUUUGAAAUACUGGUGGCAUGAGAUGCAGUAUGAGGGGUUGAUCCUAUUUCAGGAAUUAUCCUUAAGAUUUGCUGCUGCUCCUCUCAUGAGUUCACUCAGACUUUAACCCAAAAUAAUACAAGGGGACAAGUAGUAAAAUUCAGGUGAUGUCAGAGUAAAAAACGUGGUGUUCACUUGGUAUGUUGGUAUUCACGCGUACAGCUCAUCCGGGUAAUGAUGAGUAAUUUUCUGGCACUUUGUGUUUAUACGAAAGAGGCUACAGAGACCAGCUGACCAGAGAGAGGGACAGAGCAAAGGAUAUAUUUUUCUUGAACCUAGUUUAAAUAGGCCUAACAUAGCUGUACCUGCAGCCAGCUUGAUUUGUGCCAACUUUCUAUCCUGUGCAAGUCAAUCUUAUACCAAAUAACUUCCUUGACACUGCGUAAAAACAAGGGCAGUCUCUCCACAGGAAAAACAAACAGAUCAUAUGGUUGGGGGUUCUCCCUUGGGAACUUUGAACAUCUUACAUUAGUUUCCUGCUGUCAAAUUUGAUUAUUCUACUAUUAUCUACUUCUGCAUCAAGCUCACAGCUUUUUUUUCUCACUCUUUGUUGCAACUUCUGGUACCAAUGACAAGCUGGUACAGUUGGGAGUCAUUUUUGUUCAGCUGAGAGCUUUUACUUUGAAGGAGCAAGAGCACAAUUGAUGUGCCUGCACAUCAUCGACUGAGUACCACGUUACGUUCACUCCAGUAGUAAUGAUAGAGACAGAGAUAGUAGCAGAGGUCAAAAGAUAAGGAAGAGUGGAGCAGGGAGGGAGAGAAACAGAACAACAGUCCUUUACAGGAGAUGCUGCCAAAUGUCAGGCAGGUCUCCAACAGGUGAGUCAGUGAUAAAGCAAAGUACAACUCUUUAGGACUCAAACAGUAUGAACUGGUGCAAGGCUGUGUGCUAGCUAGGUAGAUGUAAUAUGGACAGUAGCAUAGUUAUUUCAGAGAGACAAGAGAGGUGUUUACUCCCUCUGAGCAUCCCAAAGAAACCAAACAUGCAUUUAUGUUCAGUGACCAUAAUCUAGUCUGAGCUGUAUCGGGUCAUUUAAACAUGCAGUUGUAGUUUGAUGGGUAAAGGAGUGUACUUCAAUAACAUUCAGUGAACUGUAGUGGAUACGAUGCAUGGCAGAGCUUAUCUUUCAAGAUGCAUCUGUACAGUGUAAAAGUUUUAUAAGUGGUGCAUUGGCUGAGCAGAGAUUGUGUCUGCCUCAUUCAGCAACAGUUCUCAGGAAGAAUUUUCUUCUUCAAACCAACUUAAAUUGGUUUCCAGAAGAUUUUGAGCACCACCAACGUUUUCAUCUGCUCAUAUGGAAUAGCCAACAUCGCCUUUAAAUCCCCAGAGAACAUAGAGGAACGUCAGUUCAAGAACACGGGUGCAAGUGGUUCUGCAGUUUCAGAGCAGGAUCCUUAAACUGCAGGAACUUGGUGAUUUUUGGAGGAAAAAUCUUACAGCUUUUUGUGUCUUGUGUUUUCCAGAAGAUGUACUGGUUGAGGAAAGCCAAUCCAGUUCUAUGUCACUGGCUAGCCUGAUGACCCCGUCCUCAGUCAGCAUGUCCCUGAACAUGGAAAUGCCCCGGAAGCGCAAGGGCAGCAUGGACAACCAGUGAGUGGCUUAACAUCUCUUAGCUUUUACUUAGUUUAGUCUCUAAAGAUAGGUUUAGUGACUUUGUUUCUGCCCUAUUCUGAAUGAUUUUGACCAGUUUCUUUCUUUCUAGGGAUUCCAAAUCUGUUUCCAUCCUUGAUGCAGAUAUGGAAGAUGACCAAAAUGGGUAAUAUUUGCUGACCUGUCUGGUUUUUGCUUAAUGUUUUGUAUUGGUAGAGGUUUUAAAUGUGUUCUUUCUGCUCUACAGAUCAGACGAGGAAGACCAACACGUCAAAAUCAAAUGUUUCAGGUUGGCUGGAUUUGGUAUCCCCCAUUCAUAACAUAAGAUGCCUCAAAAUGUCAACAAAGAUAACACGUCAUUGUUUAAUGCCUCUGCAGGGAACCUCACAGCCAAAUUGAGAAGAGAAGACGGGACAAAAUGAACCAUCUCAUAGACAAACUUUCAGCCAUGAUCCCCACAUGUAAUCCCAUGUCAAGAAAGCUGGACAAACUCACUGUGCUCAGGAUGGCUGUGCAGCACCUCAAAUCUCUUAAAGGUACCAAGUCAAGGAACGAGAAACCGGCUACUCAGUAAAUUGAGGAAUUAUCCAGUUUAUCAUAAAUUGAACUUCAGUUUUUAAGCUUUGGGAACCAUUUUUAUUGAUAACCUGUUUGAUUGUAACCCUUAGCCUGUUGACGUUCCACUCUAACACUGUCUCCUCAAGUACCUUUGCCAAAUUUGUGCUUGUGUUGUUCAUGAAUUGGACGAGUUUGCAGGACAUGGUUCACUGUGUCCACUUGUGAGUGAUGUGAUGGGCAGACACUGUUAAGGAGCGCUCUGUAGCUCGAGAUAUCAAUCUGCCAUCAGAGCUACAGCAGAGGCCUCAGACAUUAACAACUUUUGCUUGCUCAUUAAGGGCUGGUAUGACUUUAAUGUUAUCUUGUAACUGGCCCUGAGGUUUCAUGAACAUUUCUACACUGUUUGCAAAGCGUGGCCAAUUGUAUGAUGGAACUGCCAGUUAAACAGAAGACUGCAGAGUCUCAACUAGACUUCAACACAAGGAAAUGAAAGAUAAGAAAACACGACAGUUCUUAUCUCGCCCUAGGGUUCAUCUACACAUGGUAAUAAAGAGAACUUGAGUUUGUGGUAUGCCUCAGAGUUCUACUUUCUGACAGCAUGGAGCCAAACAAGUUAGGAGACUUGGAGGUGUCAGUUUAACGCCCUUCACCUUCCUGUAGCAACAUUCUUCUGUGGCCAAGAUAACUACUGUUGCCGCCUGCCUGUCACACAACUGUGAUGUUGUCGCUCAAGGACAACAUCAGUGUUGCAUUCAUCAGGCUCGAGCAGUUCAAACUAUCAGAAGUCUGAUGAUAAAACGUAUGUAACUUUUCUGUCUGUCUUUGUAGGUUCAGGAACAUCUUUAUCUGAAGCUAACUACAAGCCAUCAUUCCUUCCUGAGGAGGAGCUCAAACACCUUGUCCUCAAGGUAAAGCUUUGUAUGAAUGUAUCUGGAAUUGGGCAGAAACUACAUGCAAAAUCGUGUUAAUCUGAAAUUAAAGAAGAUGGGUCUCAUUCAUGAAACAUCUUUGUGCAGAAGUACAAAUACAAAAUCCUUGGAACCUAAAGCCCAUUGCAGAUUCAUGGCAGAAAACGCUGAUUUGACCCCUGAUAUGGGCAAUGUAUCACUCAUGGUGGUAAAGAUGCCCCACCAGACCUGUUAAGUAGAAGUACUUGUGUGACUCUGUGUAGUCCUAUUGCACAAAAUUUGCAUAAACAGACAUGUUGGUAACACUUUAUUUGACACCUAUCUCUAUCACACAUUAUAAAUAUAAGUAUGAUGUGUUAUAAUCACAAUAAAGCACUGUAUGACUAUAGUUAUAAACACUCAUAAAUGAUCAGAAUGCUUUAUAGCAAUAAUCAUUACACAUUAUAAAGUAUUUUAUCAUGACUUACAAGGUCAGGUAUUAUAAUGUGUUGUAACUGUUAACAGCAGUUGCAUUGCAUUAUCUAUGUAGGCAUUGUCAGUGAGUUGUUAACAGUUAUAACACAUUAUAAUACCUGACCUUGUAAGUCAUGAUAAAAUGCUUUAUAAUGUGUUAUGAUUAUUGCUAUAAAGCAUUAUGAUCAUUUGAGUGUUUAUAACUAUAGUUAUACAGUGCUAUAAUGUGAUUAUAACGCAUUAUUCAUAUAUUUAUAAUGCGUUAUAGAGAUAGACGUCAAAUAAAGUGUUACUGACAUGUUUAUGUACGCAGUGUUGCACAGGGAAAGAGCAGACAUUCCUAUGUAUGUGAUAUUGCACUCAAGUUGCACACAUAGAUGUACGUGUAAAGCUACUGAUCGAAUGGUCCGACAUGGUCACAGUUCUGGUUUGUCCUGAGCCACGCCUUUAUUUGACCCUUGAAAGUUGCAGAGCUGGAGCAUACCAUGAGAGAGUGGUAGGCUGUUCCUGUAUGGGCUCCCUUUGAACCACACAGUACUUUGACCCUUUAAAAGUGGAUCAUCUAAAACAGGGGUGGGGAACCAUGUGCCAUGGAGAGCCGAGAGGCUGCAGGUUUUCUUUCCAACCCAAAACUCCACCAGGAGAUUUCACUGAUUACCUUACUUCCAAGCAGAGAGCAGGGACUAAUCAGUGAAAUCACCUGGUGGAGGUUUGGGUUGGAAAGAAAACCUGCAGCCUCUCGGCUCUCCAUGGCACAUGGUUCCCCACCCCUGAUCUAAAAGGAUUCGAGCUACGGAAACAUUGAAGAAUGUCAGAUCACUGGGAACAGCUUACACACAAAGUUUCAUAAAUGGGACCCACUGAUUUGAAGACAGGGAGUUGGCUGUUUUUCUGUCUGAAUGCAAGAAAAUAAAUUUAAUCGAUGAUUAGAAAUGGUCUAUUUAGCUCAAAGAUCUGUUGAACACAGAAUCUUUACAUCAAUUAAAGUAAACACAUCUACCCAAUAACCUCUUACUUCAUCUUCACAUUGGCUCCUCUUGUUUUUCCCUUUUUUGUCUUUGGUACAGGCUGCAGACGGGUUCCUGUUUGUCGUGGGCUGUGAUCGUGGGAAAAUAGUUUUUGUCUCAGAGUCCGUCACCAAGAUAUUAAAUUAUAGUCGGGUAACUCUUUUAUCUUUGCUUCUAUAUCUGAAGCAUCUUUUAUUCAUGUCACUCUUGACACUGCAGAUUGGUUGCGUUGUCUCAGCAGCAGUAUUUUCUGAUUAAAACACACCAGCAUGGAUUCAGGUGUUCAACUAUGUGCACAGAUUUUACUGAAGUUCAUACAGUAUUUCCAUUUUGACUAAUUCUGAAGUAAAUUAGAGCCAAGAGCAGGUCAGUUUGACGGGCUGUUUGUUUUUCUUCUAGGCGGAGCUGAUUGGACAAAGCCUGUUUGACUACAUACACCAAAAGGACAUGGGGAAAGUGAAGGAGCAGCUGUCGGCUUCUGAGUUAUACCCCCGUGAACGGCUGAUAGAUGCUAAAAGUAAAACAAUUUUCUCUGUGUGUGAUAUGGGGUGUGGUGGGAGAGAGGAAGUUUAAUCGCCCUGUCAUGUGUCUAGCCGGUCUGCAGGUCCAGGCUGAUCUCCCUGUCGGAGCAGCACGGCUGUGUUCAGGCACACGGCGCUCGUUCUUCUGCCGUAUGAAGUACAACAAGAUUUCAGUCAAAGUUGAAGACAAAGAAUUCCAGUCCAGCUCGUCCAAAAAGAAAGGUAGGGGAAUUAUCCAAAGGGUUAUCUGUAGAUAUGUCCUGCCUGGAAGUCUGAUAGAAGGGCUUCCACUUCAGAGGUCAUCUGAGACGUCAUAGUCAUCUAGAGUUUGGAAGUUCUGUUCAGAGGAAACCAAUACCUGAACAACUAAAAAUAAUUAUGAGAUUAUGUUUUGUCAGCAUAUAACUGACUGGAUCCACGAAAAUAGCUUACAUGGGAUGACUCUCUAAACUCCUCAUACUGUGGAAGGCUCUAAUUGGCUUUUUGGAGAUAAUGUUAGUAAUUCCCUCUACACUAACAGUCGAACUUUUAAAAAUACGGUAUAUAUUUUUGGUUUGUUUUUGUGUACUUACAGAAGUGCAGAAGUACUGCACCGUUCACUGCACAGGCUACAUGCGCAGCUGGCCCACCAGUCAGCUGGGAGCAGAGGGGGAGGGGGAAGCAGACAAGCAGGACAGCUCCCACUUCAGCUGCCUGGUGGCGGUGGGGCGCGUCCACUCCCACUCAUCUCCCCAGGUUAACGGAGAAGUCCGUGUUAAACCCACAGAAUUCACCACACGUUACGCCAUGGAUGGAAAAUUCACUUUUGUUGAUCAAAGGUAGAGAUGCAGUAUAGUACAUAUAUAUUAUUUUACUGAUACAGGACAUCUAUUAUUAUAUGAUGAACUUUCACACUCAAAACCAAACUGUUUCCCUUCUCCCACAGAGCAACAACCAUUCUUGGUUUUCUGCCUCAAGAGUUACUUGGGACAUCAUGCUAUGAAUACUUCCAUCAAGAUGAUCUACCGCAUUUAGCUGAAAGUCAUAGAAAAGGCAAAUAUCUAUCUUUAUUAUUCUCAUAUUGUCUCAUGUCCUUAUGAGCUUAUUCAGUCUGUGAUACAUGGACAAUAUUUCUUCAUUCACCAAUAUCUUCAUUCUUGUUGAAGAUACUGGGUCAGUGUUUGAACAACAUGUUAUUCAAUCGGGUCUUGUGUUUACAUGCACCUAUAGAUUUAACCAGAACAGCUGUGUGAUGUACACAAAAGAGAUGUUUGUCUGCACAAGGAGCCAUAGCCGUCACUGAUAGCUGAUCUUUAACAUGGUCUGUCUUGGACUGCAGAAUAAGAAAACCAUAAUCCUCCUUCUAUUUCAGCUGAAAAUAAUGAUCCUUUAUGAAUAAUUUGAAUAUUAGGGUCCAGGUAGACUCAGCUAGUGUCUGCUAAGAUGGUGCAGCAAAUCUGUAUCCUGUUUGAAGCACUGCUGGCUUCUUGAUGUCUUUCCCUUUUGGUCACGCCCCCUCGCUGUUUUUUUUUUUUUUUUUUUUUUUUAACAGUGCUGCGAAGUAAAGAGAAAAUCAAGACAAACUGCUACAAGUUCAAAACAAAACACGGAUCUUUUGUCACUCUGCAAAGUCAGUGGUUUAGUUUUGUCAAUCCCUGGACCAAAGAAGUAGAAUACAUAGUGUCAACAAACACAGUCAUAUCGUGAGUAUGAGCUUUCUUCUCUUAUUUUGCUUUACCUGCAUAUCUUUGCAUCUGAGAACAAAGUCUUUUCUCAUCCCCUUCAUCAAGACAUGAUCUCAGUCGAGCCAGUCGAUCAGGAAAGUCUGAGCAGUUGAGCAAUUCCAAAACACUUGAAGGUCAGUUAAAAGAAAAAAUCUAUGAAGAUAUUAGUUCUGUGUAUUAGCUAUAUUAGUUAAAAAGUUGACAAAGAUAUCACCCUCCUGUUAUCUCUGAUGCACUGUGGUACUUAAAAAUGUGUACUGUAACUCUUUUACCAUUUGAAGACGGAAAGAAGUCCUUUCCAAUUAUACCAGGUGUCUCCACCGGGCCUGGAACCAUGAUAUAUGCUGGAAGCAUAGGGACCCAGAUUGCAAAUGAGCUUCUGGAUUUUAACAGGUAUGACCCCUACAGAGGAAAAAUCCAGUUUUGACACCUCUGUAACUCUGAUGAACAGCUGUAACACAGUCAUGUCUGUGUCCCUUUAGGAUGAACUCUUCGCCAUCCAGUGGUAAUGUCAGCCCGUUCAGUUUACCACCGGAUAAAUGUCUACAAACUCCAAAUCAAAACAGCAACAAUGUAAGUUUUUGUUCAGGAAGAUUUGUUUACUAUAAACACAGCUGUUUUAGCCGCUCAUGACUGAACAGUUGGGUUGGUGCCCCUUUGCCAUGAAUGUCUGAAUCAGUGCAGUGGGAAUGGAGGUGAUCAUAUUGGAGUGCUUGGAAGCUCAUCUGUGUUUUUGGUCUUUGUUCCUAAGGUGCCAAAUGGAGAGGCAGUAGACAUGGAGGUGCCAGGGAAGUCCAGCUCAGAGGAUGAGCCACAGGGAGCUGCAUUUUCAGGCGGAGACACACUCAUGGGUACUCUCAAUACACCCAAACUGUAUAUAAGAAGUGUUUUUUUCACAUCCCUGAUCAUACUUCUUAUCUUGAAUACAGUUAUUGACAUGCAGACAGAGAAUCAGCUGCUCUGGACUGUUUUAGAUCCUAGUCUUGUUUGUGUUUUUGGUGUGUUUGUAACUCUGCCCUGUCAUCCUGUUUUGCCUCAGGGGAGAAUUCCCAGCUGGAUUUGGACAGCGUGGUUGGACCGGGCCUUAGUAGUCUUAGCAAUGAUGAAGCAGCCAUGGCGGUGAUCAUGAGCCUCCUGGAGACGGACACAAACUUGGGCGAGGCUGUUGACUUUGAGGAGAUGCACUGGUCUCUAUAG